GGUAGUGAAAUGUAGGAAAACCGGAUGUCUACAUUUAAACCUUUCCUAAAAUUAAUUAUUUACACAAUAUGAAAUUAUUCUUAAAGAUUUUGACUGUAUAAAGACAUUUCCCUAUUAACUAUGUGAGAAUCGUAACUUUACUUUUUGUCAGAUGGCUGUUCGAGAAGUGAAAUUGUGUCUGCUAGGGGAUUCUGGUGUUGGAAAGUCGAGCAUUGUACUUCGUUUUGUGAGAGAUCAGUAUAAGGAAAAUUUAGAGAGCACCAUAGGUGCAUCAUUCAUGACAAAGCGUAUAACAGUUGAUGGAAACACGUUCAUUUUUCAGAUCUGGGACACAGCCGGGCAAGAAAAGUACAGAGCACUGGCCCCAAUGUAUUACAGAGGAGCAUCUGCAGCUAUUGUGGUCUAUGAUGUAACCAGGGAGUCAUCUUUUCCUGCCGUUAAAGACUGGAUCAGUGAAUUAAACAAAAAUGCUUCAGGGAAUCUUGUUGUUGCUAUAGCGGGCAAUAAGUGUGACCUGGAAGAUCUACGAGAAGUCAGCCUUAAACAAGCAACAGAUUAUGCUUCAGAUAUCAGUGCAAUCUUCACAGAGACGAGCGCCCUCACUGCAGUCAAUAUUCAGGAACUGUUUGAAACUAUAGCUAGAAAACUGCCUGCGGAGGAUAUAUAUCGACCACGUCAUACAGGUGUAAGUUUAGGUCACUCACAGACUCAAGAGGAGCCAAGGCCGAAAAAACGCUCAUGUUGCGGUGGAGGAAACAAAAGCUGAUAUUUUAUGUGGUCUUAAACUAUGCAUUGUUUUUCAAACAUACAUUACCAUAUUUGUCCUCUUUGUUGCGUCAGGUCACACACAUAUAUAUAUGACUUAGGAGUGGGUCAGUUUUGUGCCAAAUUUUAAGAAUACAUGUCUUUUAUCACUUCAUCAGAUUUCAGCUGAAUUAGUAAGUUAUGGAGAGUUAUCCACUAAAUGAAGAAAAUGUUUUUCAAAUUUCUUAUGCAUAACGAAAAGGGCAAAUAUGCUAGGCACUGUUAUUAAUUAUAUUAGAUUUUAAACUUCUAUAUUUCAUAUCAUUCCUUCAGAGAAAGAAAUCAUUUUUAGCUCAUCUGAUUUUUUGAAAAAAAAUGAUGAGUUAUUGUCAUCACUUGAGCGGUUGUCGGCGUCUGCGUCGGCGUUGCCUGGUUAAGUUUUAUGUUUAGGUCAGCUUUUCUCCUAAACUAUCAAAGCUAUUGCUUUGAAACUUGGAAUACUUGUUCACCAUCAUAAGCUGACCCUGUAUAGCAAGAAACAUAACUCCAUCUUGCUUUUUGCAAGAUUUAUGACCCCUUUUGUACUUAGAAAAUAUCAGAUUUCUUGGUUAAGUUUUAUGUUUAGGUCAACUUUUCUCCUAAACUAUCAAAGCUAUUGCUUUGAAACUUGGAAUACUUGUUCACCAUCAUAAGCAGACCCUGUGCAUCAAGAAACAUAACUCCAUCUUGCUUUUUGCAAGAAUUAUUGCCCCUUUUGGACUUAGAAAAUCAGUUUUCUUGGUUAAGUUUAAUGUUUAGGUCAGCUUUUCUCCUAAACUAUCGAAGCUAUUCCUUUAAAACUUGCAACACUUGUUCAGCAUCAUAAGCUGACCCUGUACAGCAAGAAACAUAACUCCAUCCUGCUUUUUGCAAGAUUUAUGGCCCCUUUUGUACUUAGAAAAUAUCAGAUUUCUUGGUUAAGUUUUAUGUUUAGGUCAACUUUUUCUCUUAAACUAUCAAAGCUAUUGCUUUAAAACUUGCAGCUCUUGUUCACCAUCAUAAGCUGACCCUGUACAGCAAGCAACAUAACUCCAUCCUGCUUUUUGCAAUAAUUAUUGCCCCUUUUGGACUUAGAAAAAUCAUUUUCUUGGUUGAAUAUUAUGUUUAAGUCAACUUUUCUCAUAAACUAUCAAAGCUAUUGCUUUAGAACUUGCAACAGUUUUUCACCAUCAUAAGUGGACACUGUACAUCAAGAAACAUAACUCUAUCCUGCUUUUUUCAAGAGUGAUGGCCCUUUUUAGACUUAGAAAAUCAUGGGUAGGACAAUAUUUCUAUUAUACAAAAGAAAUCAGAUGAGCGUAAGCACCCGCAAGGCGGUGCUCUUGUUACUUUAUAUACUCAAGUUUGACUUGAUAUUUGUAUAAGAGACAUUGUAUAUAGAAUUAUAGAUUUCUUCAUCGGACUUAAGAUCAUAAGACAUUAACAGUGAGUUUGACUUUUAAAGUCCGGUAAUACUGUCAGUGCUUUCAGCUGGAGAAAUAAAAAGUGUGAUCUGGCAGAAACAUUCUGCAAAUUUAUAUUAUACAUGGCAUUAAAGCAACUUUUUCAUAGGGGGAGUGAAAAUUUCAAUUAAUCCUGACAUGCUAGAAAUGUGAUAUAAAAAUAGUAUUUGUUGGUUUAGCAACCUGUUGACAUCUUACAAAGAGAAAUCAUUGUGGUAUCUCCAAAACAGCACUUACAAAGAUAAAACAUUGACUUAGCUCCUAAAAGGCAUCUUACCAAAAAAAGAUUAAUUGCAUAUGUCACAAGGAGGUAGCUCAGAUAUGCGCAGAAGCGGGGUCCAAAUGUAGAUCAUAAAAAAAACAUUUUCUCUGGACCCCCUGGAUUAAUGUUUCUGCAUUUCAAAUUGAACCAAGAUGUGUCUUUUUGAAAUAAAAAAAUGGAAAACAAAGAAUAGAAAAUAGCAAGUGUUUUGAAUGUAAAUUAGUGCUGUACAAGGAAUAUUCAAAAUACUUUACACAGAAAGAUAUAGAUACAAGAUAGAAUUUUAAAACUUAAUUGUGAAAAAGUUGCUUUGAUGCGGAAAUAUAUACUAGUAUAUUUACAUUAUUAUGUCUUCAUACUGAUCAAGGGAGUUUAUCAUACUCUUAAAAAUGCAGAAUUUCAUGAUUAUGCUAGGAUUUUGAGUUGAAAUAUUGUGAUAUUCCAUUUAGUUUCAAACAAAAGUUAGUAAGAUAGUGUGAGAUUUAUGAACUUUUGUGCAAACUGUUAAAUUUCCAAGGUACCCGAUAGUAGUCCAGUGGUACAGCCAAUUUUUUGUCGCUUUUCUCAGUAAUUGGAAAUCUAAUACGAAUAAUCCCAUGAACAGCAUGCAUUUACAUUAAGGGAUAAAGUCCACCCACUUAGCUCAGUAGGGAGAGCACAGAUCUAUGGAUCACAAGGGUUGUGAUUUUGAUUCUUGGGCGAGGCGUAUGUUCUGCGUGAUGAUAUGAUGAAAGACAUCUGAAAUUAUUCGUCCUCAAAUGCUGAUUCAUUUGGAGAAAUUGGCAGUUACUUACAGAGAACAGGUUUUGUGCUGGUACAGAAUCAAGGAACACUGGUUAGGUAAACUGCCUGCUGUUACAUUACUGAAAUACUGUUGAAAAACCCAAAACAAACAAAUUAAGGGAUAAUGAAAUGAUAGAAGUCUUCUUCAAAUUAUUUUAACCAAUUAUUUGUUAAAUUUGUACAGGGUAUUUUCUAUAUUGCUGCAAAAAAGUGUGAUAAACUUGAUGUAUUUCAUCAUAAAGCUCCUUCAUUUAAACUGAAAAAGUGAGGAUUUUAAAGGACUUUGAUAUUUCUUUUGCCUGCAUUGCAAUAUGAUAUAUAAGUGCCAAAUUGUUUAGUUUGUAAAGGAGAAAUUGAGGUUUAACAUAACUCCUUUUGGCGCCAUAUAACCUAUGCUGUGUUGGUGCAGCGUAAAACCCAAAUAAAUAAAUAUUAACUUUACUCCUUCCCAAUGUUGUACUUAUAAGAUUUUGUUGGUCAUCAGGAAUUCAGUACCAGUAAGUGCUUUUCUGGAAUUUUGAAGAACCACCAAUCCAAUCAGAAAAGCCUUUUUGGAUAAUUUGAAAAAGAAUGUUGAACCUUGAUUGGUUGAUACUCAUAUUUGUGAAAAAACAUACUUGCCAGAAAUUGCAACUUUGAAUUUUUUCCUUUUAGCUCAAAUAAGGAAAUUUAGAGACAUUUUUGAAACAUAACCCCAAGAAAAUUUUAAUUUUCUUCUCCAAAAACUGUAAGCUUGUCAGUUUGAAUGGUGACCAUCAGUCACUAGUGUUUUUCGUUUAGACAGGACUGAAGCUUUUACCCUUCUGUCACUCUGCAAUACCUAAAAUUGUAAACACAUAGUAAACUUAAGGAAACAAGAUCAAGAUUCUUUGUUGCAUAAAUUCUAUAGAAAAAAACAACAACUCCAAACUUAAAACACCUCAAAACCAAACAUAAACUCUGCUCUGGGAUCAGUUGUUUUAGAGGCGAUUCACUUUACGGCUUUUUGGCUAUGAUAAAAACAUAAACACUGAACCACUUUAAAAGCUCAUUACUUACAUAGCCCUAAAUGAGUCCUGUUUUUAGACUUAGAUUUUGGAUUAAAUUAAGAAAUGCCUAUUUGCAUAUUUGUAUACUUCAUAUUUAAUGAUAUACACCACAAAGUUAUGAAAGUCACAGAUGAUUUAAAAUUUGUUAAAUCAUUACUUUCACCUGAUAGGUUGAUCAAAUCAGUGAAUAUUUUUCAUCAUAAUGAUUUUAGUGGAUUUUUUGUUGCCUUUUUAACAUCAAAACAGCCUAUACUUUUGCAAAGGAACAUUUAGAUUUGGAUGUUAACCAAUGUGCUCUCCUUAAAACUGUUUCGUUAUUAGUUUAAAAAGUGAGCCUAAAAUUUCGAUUAUCAGUACUUUGAAAUAUAUUACCAAAACAAUAUGUUGUUUUUCUGUUAAACUUCAGAAGAUGUGUAAUUAGAUCAAUCAUUUAGAACGUGAUACUUUAAAAUGUUAAUGUUCGUUGUAAAAGCACCUUUUUUGAGCCUGGAGUUAAAAAAAGUUAAUGACUCACCCAUGUUAACAGAAAGAAAAACUGGUUUUUAGGACCAACAGUUGAUAGAUAGGGAAUUUUCAUCAUAAUUGAUAUAUGGUAACAAAUUUAUUACAGAACAGAUAUAGACCCUAUAUUAUUUUCUCUGUUUUCACACAUGAAUGAUUUCAAAAUGAAACAUCAGAAAUUAUACUCAGCAAGUUUUGUUUAUUUUGCUAUAAAAAAUAUUGCUUAUAUAUUCACAGUAUAUUUCAUUUUGGCUGAAUGUCAAAAAUGUGUUACAUUUUAAAGGUGGUUCAGAGUUUGUUAUAACUAUUUUAAGCUUACACAUCUAGAAAAUUCUAUUUUAAUAGUUUAGCCAAUGAAUAUAUUUAUCUGAAUUACCUUCCUUUAAAACCCUUAUCAUGCUGGACAUGAUUGAUUCUGCCUUUGCGACCAGUGUAGAGCUUGAUCAGCCUGCACAUCUAUGCAGUCUGAUCAUGAUCUGCACUGUUUGCCAUUCAGUCAGUAUGUUUUUGGUGUGCACCCCUUUUAACAGUUUAUGCUAAAAUUGAAAGAUGGACAAUUCAUCAUAGAAAUUUAGCAGGGUAAGGGUUAAUAAUGCUCAUAUGCAGAAAAACUGCUUUUAGUUUUCAUGUUUUAUUUUGUUAUUAUUUUGUAAAUUGUUAUAUCUUGCAUCCAUGGUCACCAUUUAAAAUGCCUAACCUACAUUUUCUUCCUUUUUAUGCCCCCGGCAUCUACUGAUGUGAGAGGCAUAUAGUGAUUGUCCUGUCCAUCCGUUCGUCCGUCCGUACGAGGUUAACCAAAUUGGACACGUUUCGUCUAUCAUCAAUACCCCUAACUAGAAUGACUUUAUACUAAUGCAGAUGUAUCCUGUGACCAUUCCUCAUCUUCAGACAUCACCUGACCUCAGUUUGACCUUGACCUUGAACUUGACCUCAUUUUGGACUUAGGCUGCUUUGUAUCGACAAGGAUGCCACCGGGGGCAUCAAGCGUUUAUUGAACGCAGCUCCUUGUUUAUGUAUCAUUAAGCAGGAGAAUUCAUUUGAAAUAUUUUUUGAAGAUGACAGUGAUCAUUUAUCCUGUCAGGAAAGCCUUAUUUUGUCCUUUGAAAAAACACUUGAACCACGAUUAGCAGAAACAAGAAAAUGUAAGUAAGUGAAUCAGACUAGUAUUACACCUUACAAUUUUGUGAAAUGAUUGAUCCAGUCUUAGUUGUUAAACAUCAGUUUAUAUGACUUCGUGAAUUGGCGAUUCAAAAUGGAGAACCUUCAGUUUUGUAUCUUUGACUUUUCGCAACAUUUUGAGAAAAAAACAAACAAACGGUUACUUCUCUUGAAAAUUUUUGUUUGUUUGUUAUAUAGUCAUCUUGACUGGAGACCAUUGAUCUAAGAAUUUGUUAUACAUGUAUAUAUAGAGGAUAUUUGUUUGUUUUGAGUGAAUAUGGAAUAUAUCUCACUAAGAAGUGAGUAAAUUUCAAAUAUUUUGUGAAAAUGUGAAAAUUUUCUCACUUCGAGGUGAGAUAUAUUCAAUAUUCACGAAAAAUAAACCAAUUUUCUUUUUAUUUAAUGCUCAAUUACGUUGAGAUGUGCAUUUUGCAACUAUUUUUUAUCUCAGCGCGGGAAACAGACACGCGUAAACAGACAUGACGUCAGACAAGCUUUGACGUUAUAAAAACGCAUACAAGAUAAAGUUCCAUUUUAUUUUAUUUUUUGCUGCAUAACGUUAUGAAAUUCUCUUUAAGUAAAAUAAUUUGAAUCGAGAAAUAUACUAUAAAGAACAAAGUGCGACUACAAUUUUCAUCCUGUUUUAAGCAAAUAAUUUGAAAUUCAUACACAAUGUAAUGAGGGGGCGGAGCUAUAUCUCUCACAGUGUGAAAAUAUAGAUUUCAUAUUUUCACAGUGUGAGUGAUGAGAUAUGAAAAUAUUUAACUAAUAGAAUACAGUCAUUAGUUAGCAUAAAAUAAAUGUAAAUACGUAGAAUUACUCUCUUUUUUUUUUAUAUACUAUUUCUAGAAUAUUUAAGAGCAUGUACCAAUUGUACCAUUUUAGAUAUGUACUGUACAUGAUAUUUAUUUAUUACAUGAAAUGCUUUUCUGUUAUGCCUGUAUUUUGUAAACUUUAAGUAUAAUUUAUUUAUUUCUUGAAUACAGAUGUGUACUCAUAUGAUUUGUAGUACACAUUUUUCAGGAUUUGUUAUAUGUGAUACAAUGUAUUUAGAAUUACUGGUCGGGAACAAGUAUGUGGACAGGGCCAGUUUCUGGACACGUAGAAUAACCAUUUUAUUUCAGCAUUUUCAUGCUGAAGUUUAUAUUUGGUGUCAGUUUCAGUUAUGUCAAGUAAUUUCUGAAAAAAUUAUAAUGAAUGUAAAACAUGGAAUUUUUGUUCGGCUUCUGGUUCCAAGCCAGUACUGUGAAAGCAAAUAUUUUCACUGGGUCAAAAUUUCGCGAAUUUGAAAUUUUGAGUAUGUUCUCGAGGUUUAAUUUUCUUGAAAUUUUAAAGAUGGUAUCGUACUUGAAUUUGAAUUAUAUUAAUGGUAAAUAUUUACGUGAGGAUUAAUUUUCGCGAAAUGUAGGGCCUCAUGAAUAUAGCGAAAAUUACUGUUUUUACAGUAUAUAAAACAUGCCAGUAAAACACAAACCAGUAAAUAGCAGAAUUGACAAAAUAAAUUCCACCUACAGUGAAACACUUAUUGUCAUGGUGUCCAGAAGAUAAGCAAAAUACUCGAAUUGCUUGAGUGAGCCUGAGUGUUUAAGUGAAUGGUGUUUCACUGUGUGACAAAAAAGUAACAGAAAUGUCAUUAUGCUUUAUACUUACAUUUCUUCUUCUUUAUUUUGCCAUUACUUCUUUAAAGUUGUACUCUGCCCAAACUUUUAUAUGUAAAAAAAAAAGAAAGAAAAAACACUUACCGGCACUACACAGUAUUAAUGUAAACAUGAAAUUAAAACAUUUAUGUGUACAAAAAGGAUUGCCAUCUAGGUUAAAAGUGUGUGUCCACUCUUAUAACCUUUCCUCUUAGGUAAAAAAUCGUAUGAAAUAUGUAUAAUUAAACAUGAUAUGAAUAUGUACUACCACUGAAAAAUUAAGUUUUUUUUCCAAAAGGCAAUAAGUAUUGUUGAUGUAGUCCUGCGUACACAAUUAGUUUACAGUGAAAUCAUUUAAUUUUAUGGAUUUAAAAUUCAUUCUUUUUGGUAAAAUGGCCAUUUAGUUUGGGUAUAAAUUCAUGGAUUUCUGUGUUUGAGGACAAAAUGUAUGGGUAUCUUACGUGUUCAUUGGGAUUAGAUUUUGCGGAUUGGUGCAAACAGGAAAUCCAUGAAAAUUGGUCACACGCGUACUGUGAAAUCAUUAAUAUUCGUGGGGGACUAAUUUUCAAGGAUUUCGUGGUUGAGUCAAUCAACGAAAUUUAAUCCCAACCAACAAGUAAAAUUCCCAUUCAUUUUUAUGUUCAAAAGUCGAAAUCCACGAAUUCAUAUCCCCACGAAAUUGCCGUUUUGACCAAAACGACGAAAUUUCAUGCCCGCGAAAUUUAAUGAUUUUACAGUAUAUCAUUGAUUUCACAGCAUAUAUUUAGCCAAGUUAAAUACAUUUGUUGAGGAAUUUCUGGAUUGAAAUUUAAAUCUGAUGAUUAAUUGAAAGUUGAUCAUAGUAUAUCUUUAACCCUUAGCCUGCUGGCGGCAAAGAAUUCUGCCUUUGCGACCAGUGCAGACCAUGAUCAGACUGCACUGUUCGCUAUCCAGUCAGUAAAUUUUCAGUAAACACCCCUUCAAAUGAUAAAUGAUACUGCCCAAAUUAAAAGAUGGACCAGUCCAUUAUAGAAAUUUAGCAUGGUAAGGGUUAAAGUCAGAGUGUGAAAUUACAGGUAGACAAUAGUACAUAUAGACAGAGACUGUUUAUACUGGUACCCAAGAAUUUUAGUACAAGUCUAAAGUUGGUCUGCAUGUUUGACUCUCAGAAAUGUAUUUCUAUGUUUCAGUUUAGGAAUACGCUGAAUUUUUACUCUGUAAAGUAUCUGUAUUUUUGAAGUGUUCCAUGUCCAUGGGAUUAGUUUAGUAUUUUUCUUGUUAUGUAUAUUUUCGACUCAGUUGUAUUUUUGACUGAUUCCAUUAGUGACACAAACUGCCUCUCAUAUUUGGCAGGCAUAUAUUUUAAUCUGUGUUCAUAUGAUGAAGUUGUUUUUAGAAGUUUUUUUUCUGGCUUUAUUUGUUAUACUCUGCAUGUGUAGUGUAUCUGAAAAAAUAAGAAUUAAAAAUCCCAACAGUGGGACAAGUGAGAGAGAAAGUAUUUGUUCUUAGAUGUUAAUUUCUUUGUGUAUAUCUGUUAGACUAGCUUCUAGACUAUGAUAUAUCUUUUUACAUUUUUAUGAUUAAAUGUUGUGAACUGAGCCAGUCUAUAUCCUAUGUCCAAUUUCAUAGGCUUGUUCAAUUUACCAAAUACUUCAUUUUAACUUCAAAAAUACUUAAUACUCUAAAUACAAGUAAGCAUUUGAUAUUUAGCAUAAAAUAUAUAGCAUUAGGAAGUUAACAUUAUACCUCCACCCUUUCAUUUGAAAAAUGCCACAUGCCAAAAUGCAAAAUAUUUAAUGCCAAAUGCUAAAUCUUAAACGUUGAGUCAUAAUUGUCAAAUGUGAUGGCAAAACAGUACUAUGGAAGGAUGGUGCACCAUGCUAAUUGCCAAAUGCUAAAUAACAAAUAAUUUAAUGAAAUAAUAGCAUUUAGCAUUAAAUAAUUUUAAUUUAGCAUAAAGUUAUUGGCAUUCAGCAUUAAAAUUACAUUCGGCAAUUAGCAUGGCACACUGGCCCUCCAUACAAAGCUGAAUGCUUACAUGUAUUGUCCAAUGUUGGCAUGACAUGGUAAAACAUGCAAGUGCUUCAAAUCAGACUCAUAAGACAUGAUGUAGAUCUUUAUUUCAUAAAAGUAAUGGACAAUUAGCAUUAUCUUUUAGCAAUAAACAUUAGAUAUUAGAAAAUUAUGAGAGAGAGAAUAUUGUAUUUAGCUACAUUGUGUAUAAGAUAUCUGGCAAUUAGAAUGGUGCACCAGCCUUCCAUAUAUGCAUUAAUUUGACAUUCAAUAGUUUUGUUAUUUAUCAAUCUUCGUUAAGAAAAUAAAACAUCUUUUUUGUUUGGUGCUGCAGUGACUGCAGUACGGUGUUUGGUCACUGAAUAGAAAUCAUUUUUGCUAACACUUGUGUGUCUUUCAAUUUUGGUACAGCUUUCUCAUAAUUUUGUCUAUAUGCAUGAGUUUAGACUGCUCAGUACAAAAAUGUCUGUGAAAAUUCCUACAUAAACUAUUAACUGGCUUUCCAAUGGGACAACAAGUCUUGGUUUUAUUAAAACCUUUGAACAAUUUUAUAUGGUAGCAAUCGUUAUCUUUUUUUUUUUUUUGCCACAUAUUACACAAAACAGUUUCUUUAUCGUUUGAAUAAACUUGAACUCAACAUAUCUUUUAAAAUGUGCUUUUGAUAAUGACAUACUGUAAGAAACUUUUAAAAUCCAUUCUUCAGUUUCAGAAUUUUACUGAUUAGAAGAAUCCUUUAAGUAAAAUAAACUUAUUACAUCAAGAUUUCAAAAGUAGCAAAAUGGUUUAUUCUAGAUGAGAAUGGUUCUUCAGUUAUCACCAUUAAAAAUCAGUUAGGUGAACAGAUUUAUGAUCAGCAGCAUAACAUUUGACCUCUGGCAUGAUGUACCAAAUUAUCCACGGGUAAUUUAAUAGCCAUAGGUGCCAGUCAUCUCUCAUAGAGCAUUUCGGAUUGUACUAGACUGAUAAUUUCAACAUCAUUCCUCUGUGAAAAUCUCUAAAAUAGACUGGUUUUUGUUUCUAUGAAAUUGAAUUCGUCAAGAAAAGGGAAAAAUAUAGAAAUAUAUUUAUUAUCAGUCUAGUGGCUAGUCUAUAUAUCUGUGUACAUGUGAAUCUCUAUGGCAGACCUGCUGCCCGGCACUGCUUCUGGAUCUUUUCAUGCAAUUUCUUGAAUAUGCUUUGAAAUGAUUCUAUAGAUGGACCUGAGAGUGUUAUUACCUUCCAUCGCAGUUAAGUUUUAUUGGUUUAUCUACUAAUCAUCAUUGCAUUGUAAAUGAAUUAUUCUGUCAAAGCUAUAAAGUAGAAUACUGUGUUACAGUGAAACAUUGUCUAAUAUUCUCUUCUCAUACCUGUUUUCUAUGUUUUCAUUAUUUUAACUUCUUUCUAGGGACAAGAUUUUAAAUAGUCGAGCAUUGCUGUCCUCCGUCAACUCUUGUUGUAGUAUUACAGUCAAACCCAGCCAGACAAUGACAUAAUGUGGCUUUUUAAAUCAGGUGGAAAUUAGGACAAAAUGUCAAUUUAGGAAGUUAGCUUACUGGCUGCUCAACACAAGUGUCUGUUUAAUACAGGUGGCCACUAAGGCAGUUUAAUUUUGCAUAAGACACAGUAGUCACUGUUCCAGAAACUAUACAUGUUUGUAAGCUGUGAAAUCAUUUAAUUUUGUGGGCUUGAAAUUAUAUGAGCCACACCAUGAGGAAACCAACGUAGUGCAUUUGCCACCAGCAUGGAUCAAGACCAGCCUGCGCAUCCGUGCAGUCUGGUCAAGAUCCAUGCUGUUCGCUAACGGUUUCUCCAAUUGCAAUAGGCUUUGAAAGCAAACAGCAUGGAUCCUGACCAGACUGCAUGGAUGCGCAGGCUGGUCUGGAUCCAUGCUGGUCGCAAAUGCACUAUGUUGGUUUUCUCAUGGCGUGGAAAGCUAUUUCAUGGGGAUAUAAAUUGAAGAUGAUAAUGUAUUGGAAUUUUAAAUGUUCGUUUGGAUUGAAUUUUGUGGCCUGAUACAAACACAAAAUCCACUAAAAUAAGUUCCUUACGAAUAUUAAUGAUUUCACAGCUUUUAGGGUUAUUUUAGUUUUCAGUUUCAUUUAAAGGUAUACUACACCAAAUUUCUUAUUUGAAAACAUGAACAAAUACUACAUAUUGUUCAGGUAAACAUAAAAUUAACAAGUUUUAUCUGUAUAAACAGUACUAUGCAUUAGGUUGAAAAUAGUACACACUGUAUACAUGUAUAGCUUUAACACAGUAUGAAUGUGUAGGCCUACUACCACUAAAUAAUUGGAAGCUUUUUGAAACAAUCGACUGUUACAGCAUGCUAUUUAUGAAAUAAUAUAUCCCAAACACUGAUCUAUCGUUGAAUAAAAUCAUUGUUUGGAGUUUAGGUGCGAACGAAUUAUAUCACAAGGGUGCAGCCCAAGUGAUAAUAAUAAUACGUAUCUAAACAACAAACAGUGAUUUUAUUCAAGAGCAAGUCACUGUUUGAGACAUAUUUCAAUUCUAACACAUUGUCAAGGAUUAUUAUGUACAUCCUUGACGACAUGUCCAUCAAAUAUUUGCCUGUUUUCCGUUGGUUUCUUUUCCAGCACGCCACUUUUCCGUUUGACGCCAUGACGUAAUAAAUGUGACGUCAGAAAAAUGAAUUGUAUAAUAAUACACAAUUUUCAGCCUUCUUUGUUUAAUAGGAAACAAAUUGGGUUGUGUAAGAAUUAAUUAUGAAUGCAGCUCUACAUGCUCAAUUAAUUUAUAUAUUUAACAAAAGUAAAUAUAUUUGAUGAUGAUUCAUACUUUUGAAGUAAAUACCGAAAUGUAAAAUAUUUUAGUGAAUGAUAGCCAUUGGAUAUCUUUAAACAUCAUUCCUUAUCAACCUGUCUUUCUUGGAGGUGGUCCAUUUUUCCAUAACACCUCCCAUCCAUAUAUUAGCUCUAGCUUGCUUUUUUUUUUUGUUUUUUGUUUUUGUGUUAUUCUUUAUUCAGGCUUCUUCGUCUUAAAUCCCCUAUAUUUUAGUAAGAAUUAAAGUUUACUGUAAGGAUUGGAAAAAUAAAUAAAAGACAGUAAAGAAA